UUCAUUUCUUUCUCACACUUUCCAUGCAGCCCCCUCCAUCUUCAAGCCAGCAACCAGCAAGUCUUAUCCUUCUCACUCUUUGAAUGUCUGAUUUUCCUUCUGCCCUGAGCAAGGAGAAAGCUCUGCUUUUAAGGGCCUAUCCAGAUAAUCCAGGAUAAUCUCCUUAUCUUAAAUCAACUAAUUAGUAACCUUGAUUAUAUACUUUUGCCAUGUGGGGCAGCAUAUGCACAGACAUGAGGAGGGCAAAGGUCAUGAGGGCCGAAAUACUAUCUACCACAGGUAGGUUUGGGAGAAAUAAAUUAGAAAUCAUAACAGAGAAAGAAUUAUGUAAUUGAAAACAGAUAGGAAUUACAGGAAUCAAGUGUUAGGAUAGAAAAUAAAGGCCUGGACGUCCUUAGACAAAGUCAGCGGUUUACGGUAUUCCUGAUAAAGUGACAUUUUACCUUAAACAUGUAUAGGAUGAGAAAGAUCCAGUCUGCAAACAACACAUGCCAAAGGAUUUUUGGGAGAUGACGCCACCUGCAGACGGAACCAAAAGAUGAGAAAAUUUGUGACACAUUCCAGGUGCUGAAAGGGGGAAGUGAGAUUUUCAGUUGAAGGAUGAGAUAAUCAGCUGUAAAGAAAUGCCCACUUAUGAGAAAUGUACGUCUUUUUCUCUACAUCAGAGAAUUCUUAAUAGAGAGAAACCAUAUGAAUGUCAGGAAUGUGGGAAGACUUUUUGUCAAGGCUCAAAGCCUGUUCAACAUGAGAGAAUACACUCUAGUGAAAAACCCUACAAAUGUGAAGAUUGUGGGAAGAACUUUAGUAAUGGGCAUCAACUUACUACACAUCAGAGAUUGCACAUUGGUGAGAAACCCUAUAAAUGUAAGGAAUGUGGAAAGGCUUUUAUUAGAGGCUCAGCCUUUGUUAAACAUGGGAGAAUUCAUACUGGUGAGAAACCAUAUGAAUGUGAGGAAGGUGGAAAGACUUUUAGCAGUAGCCAUCAAUUUACUGUGCAUCAGAGAAUUCAUAUUAGUAAGAAACCAUAUGAAUGUGGGGAACACGGAAAGGCUUUUUAUAGUAGCUCAUACCUUGUUCAACAUCAAAGAAUCCAUAACAGUGAGAAACCCUAUGAAUGUAAGGAAUGUGGGAAAGCUUUUAUAGUGUAUGGAAAACUUAUUCGGCAUCAGAACAUUCACACUGGUGAAAAACCUUUUAUAUGUAAAGAAUGUGGGAAGGCCUUUAGUACCUUCUCAUACCUUGUUCAGCAUCAUCGAAUUCACACUGGUGAAAAACCCUAUGAAUGUAAAGAAUGUGGGAAGGCCUUUAGUACUAGCUCACCCCUUGUCAAACAUCAGAGAAUUCAUACUGGUGAGAAACCCUACAAAUGUAAGGAAUGUGGGAAGGCCUUUACUGUGUAUGGACAACUUACUCGACAUCAGAGUAUUCACACUGGUGAGAAACCCUUUGAAUGUAAGGAAUGUGGGAAGGCCUUUAGACUUAGUUCAUUUCUUAGUGCACAUCAGAGAAUUCACGCAGGGGUAAAGCCCUAUGAAUGCAAGGAAUGCGGGAAAGCCUUUAGUCGUGCCUCAUACCUUGUUCAACAUGAAAGACUUCAUACAGGUGAGAAACCCUAUGAGUGUAAGGAGUGUGGCAAGGCCUUCAGUACUGGCUCAUACCUUGUUCAGCAUCAGAGAAUUCAUACUGGUGAGAAGCCCUAUGAAUGUCAGGAAUGUGGGAAGGCCUUUAUUAGUCGCCAUCAACUUACUGUCCAUCAGAGGGUUCAUACUGGUGAGAAACCCUAUGAAUGUAUGGAAUGUGGAAGGGCCUUUAGAGUACAUGUACACCUUACACAACAUCAGAAAAUUCAUAUUGAUGUGAAACCCUAUGAGUGUAAGGAAUGUGGAAAAACGUUCAGCCGUGCCUCAUACCUUGUACAACAUGGGAGAAUUCACACUGGUGAGAAACCCUACGAGUGUAAGGAAUGUGGGAAGGCCUUUAGUUCUGGCUCGUACCUCAUUCAACAUCAAAGAAUUCAUACAGGUGAGAAACCUUAUGAAUGUAACAAAUGUGGGAAAGCCUUUACUGUGUAUGGACAACUUAUUGGACAUCAGAGUGUGCACACUGGUGAGAAACCUUUUGAAUGUAGGGAAUGUGGGAAGACCUUUAGACUUAAUUCAUUCCUUACUGAACAUCAGAGGAUACACACUGGUGAGAAACCUUUUAAAUGUAAAAAGUGUGGGAAGGCCUUUAGAUACAGUUCAGCCCUUAAAGCACAUCAGAGAAACCAUAUGGUUGUAAAACCGUAAGAAUUAAAGGAAUGUAGGAAGUCCUUUAAUUAUGGCUCGAACAUUGUUCAUUGUCAGAGAAUUUGUGCUGGUGAGAAACUUUUGAAUGUGAAACGUUGGUAGGCCUUUGGAAAAUAUUCUCAUCUUUCUUAUAUUAGAGAAGUCAUAAUUCAGAACACAUAAGAAAGUCUUCACUUGUCCUUCUUGUGUUUAUAAUAUGAGAAUAUUCAUAGUGGUUACUAGUUCAGAAAAGAUGGGAAAUGUUAAUGCUGACAGCAUCCACAGCAUGAAAUUUUAUAUGACGUAUUCUAAUGUGAUUGAAAGAAUGACUGAAUGAAUAAAUGAAUUUAAAAACCUUCCAGUUACUCUUAAAUCAUGGCUAAACUUCAGAUAAUUCAUCCUGAUUUUUAAAAACCAGUAAAUUAAUACAUAUUGGAAAGUUUGUGGCAUUGGCACACAUUAACUGUCA